AUGGUGGCGGCCGGCAGGGAAACCGCGGCGGCUACGGUAGAAACAGCGGAGGCCGCGGGCGCGGCGGUUGGCAGGACAGUCGUUCGCCGUACGACGUUCAGCAGCACGGCAGGAAAAAAAGUGGUUGAAGAAAGGAUCCAUCAAGCCCGAACGAGAGGUAUGGAACUGGGUUCAACGCAGGUUGAAGCGAAGUGGGAUUCAGUUUCAUCCUACUGUAAAAUACAAGGGGUGAAUCGUGGACCGAUUCAAUGCCAGAGGAGAUGGAGUAAUCUGUUUGGGUAUUUUAAGAAAAUUAAGGAGUGGGAGUCUCAGAUUAAAGAAGAAAAAGAGUCCUUUUGGAUGAUAAGGAAUAAUUUUAAGAGAGAGAAAAAAUUACUUGGAUUUUUUGAUAGACAAGUGUUUGAUAUUCUUGAUCAUGGAAAUGACAAUGAAGAAGGGCUGGAUUUGACUUCCGUAUCAGAAGUUUUGUCUGAUAGUGGCAGAAGUGUUUUUGUAGAGGAUGAUGGUUUGUUUUCAGAUGUACCACAAAAGAAUGAGGAUGCUAUUCCUAUGGAAACUUCUGAGGAAUUAUAUCAGCCACUCUCUCUAGUUUCUCCUACACAAGCAGGCAUAAGACAAACUACCACUCGAGGAGAUGAUAAAGGAAGAGGUCUAGAAGGAAGUAAAGGAAAGAGAAACGACUCAAAUGAUGAAAAAGCAAGGAAUGUCCAGCAUCAUUUAGUAAAAGCACUGCAAAAGAAUGGUAAAAUGGUGAGUUCCCCACUUAAAGCUCAAAUUAUGCAUUCUGAAUGGGAUAGGGAGCAAAGAAAGGACCAUGUUGAUAAAUUAGUAGUUGUGCUAAACAAGCUUGCAUGUGCUUUAGAAAAAAUCGCAGAUAAGUUAUAG